UGUGGAGUUUCUUCAUAGACGAGGAGUCUAGCCUUUUUUUUAUCAAUUAACCCUAAUUUUUCAAUAUUUUCCAAUUUCACUCAAAUGACAUUAAAUGUAGACUAUAGGUAGUGUGAUCAUGUGGUGUUGUUUUGUUGUUACCAGUUAAUCAGUGACUUAAAUGGACGAAAUUAUUUAUUUAUUUUUCUCAAUUUUGGCCAAAUUUAUCAGGCCUGGAUACUGUCAGGUAACAGUUGAACAUUACAACCCUGAGGGCUCAUACUAUGGCUGGACAACGACGGCAAAACCAGUACGCUGGCAGCCUGGAGAAAAAAUACCAUACCCGAAAACUACGGAUCCAGACGUGUUUAGAGCUGAAAUGAGGUGGAUAAUUUCAAAAAUAUCUCCGCGGGAAAGAAAAUUGCAGUCAGAAGCGGUCAGAAAACAGGUGACCGCUUUGAAAGAGUUCAAAAUUGCCAAAAGUAUAGGAAUUUAUCUAAGUAAAGAUACUGAGAUUGGGACGUACGAUAUUCUAUCCGACGCUUUUGACGCCAAUAAAACUUGUUAUGUGCCCAGGGUUGUUUACAAAACAAUAGAUUUCGUUCCUGUGUUCAGCAUGAGGGACGUAUACGAAGAGGUACCUAUCAAUCAGCUAAGCAUCCAACAACCAACGUGGACUGACAAAAAACGGGUCAACAAAUCAUUAACGGACGGCAGAACGAUUGAUUUGUUGAUUCUACCAGGCCUAGCGUUUACAAGAAGCGGGUCUAGAUUUCCAGAUGGUGUUACAGAUUACAUCCAACAAUUUAUUAGAAAAGCGAGGGAAAUGUGUGAUCCCUUUUUGAUCGGCCUGUGUCUGAGGCAGCAAGUCGUGAAAGAAGGGUCGUUUCCAACGAAUCACAAAGACGCAAAGAUGGAUAAAGUUAUCUGGGAUAAAUUGAUCUAUAAAAUCACAGAGAAACCAUCAACCACUGUGAAAAAUACAGAAUAUUGAUUUUCAA